AUGUUACAGGAGACAACACGCCGUGUUGCUCUUCAUGAAACCUGCGUCUUUUCUUAUCUCGACACGCCGUGUUGGAGCCUCCAACACGCUGUGUCCAAUCUCCAAAAAGGGGUGGUGUUGGUGACUAGCUUGAGAUUAAGUAGUUGUAGCCGGGGUGGUGGCCUAUCGACGAGUUCAACGGUGGGUGUAAGGGUGAAAAGACUACAAAUUUACAAUUGGGCCUGGGGUUUCCGGAAACUUCUGUUGGGCGAUCUUCCUUCCUCUUCUCGGUUCUUCACUUCCUCUUUAUUUUUCGUCAGACUAGGGCAUCGAGUGUCAGUUCUUGAUUCAGUCCACAGGGUAGCAAGAUUUGAAGAAAUGACAGGAGCAAAGAUUGUUGGUAGUGUUGCUGGAGCAUUUGUUCUUGCAUUUGCAUGCGACUAUAUCAUUGCAGACAAGAAGAUCUUUGGAGGUACGACUCCCUCUACAGUUUCAAACAAGGAGUGGUGGGAAGAGACUGACAAGAAAUUUCAAGCAUGGCCUCGUACAGCUGGACCUCCGGUAGUCAUGAAUCCCAUCAGUCGCCAGAAUUUCAUUGUCAAGGCCCGAGAUUAA